AUGAACUCAACUACAGCAAAAAACGUUUUGUACGAUAUUUUUGAUUUUUUUUGUGGAAAUAAUAUUACGCUUAAUGAUAUCAUUACAUAUGGUAAUCAAUUUGAUCUUAAUAACAUUUUAUUACCGACUAAUUUUAGAACAAUUUAUGAAGAGUGGGAUUACAAUAGAAGAGAUGAUGAGGCAAUGAAACUAAUUCCUGAAAAAUAUGCAGAUUAUGUUUGUAUUAGAUCUACCGCAGAUGGAAAUUGCUUUUUUAAUAGCGCCUCAUUGAUUGUCUAUGGGCAUGAAGAAAAUCAUAUACAAUUACGUUUAGCUGUAAUGAUUGAAUUAAUGGCUAAUGCAGAUUAUUAUUUGCAACAAAAAAUUUUUGAACAAGAUGUACUUUAUCGAGAUGAAGCGUUAAAUACAAAUAUGGAAAAAGUUGAUAUGUUUAAAAAAACUCAGGAAUACAUUGCUGAAUUAAAAUUAAUGUGCAAGCCACAUUCUUGGUGUUCAAUGGUUGCGUUUUUUGGUUUAGCAUCAGUAUUGCAUAGACCAGUAGAAUCUCUUUUUCCAAAUACUGGAAGUGAAUUUAUGAAUCGGAUUUAUAAUUGUGUUAUAAUGCCAAGACAAAAUCCACAUUACUAUCCGCCAUGUAUUAUUAUGUGGAGUUCUCUUUCUGCAACAAGUUUUCAAAAUAGCGGUAAAUCUAAUCAUUUUGUACCGGUAUUUAAGAAAAAAUCAUCAUAUUACGAUUCAAAUUUACCACAAUUUUUGGAAAAAACUAUUCCUAAAGAUCUACUAUCAUCAUCUUUUCAGGACAAUUAUAUUAAUUUAGCAGUUGAUGAAGUAGAAUCUAAUAAUAAUAAUAAUAUAAUUACAGAUGAAGUAGAAUUUAAUAAUAAUAAUAAUAUAAUUACAGAUGAAUUAGAAUCUAAUAAUAAUAUAAUUACAGAAAAUGAAAAUUAUGACGAAGUUCAAAAUAAUAUAAUUGGAUUAUUUAUGGGCGUUGACAAUAAAUAUAUUCCCAAUAUUGAUAAAUUAGAUGGUUAUUUAAUUUAUCCGGAGGCUAAGGAUUUUCAAUUUACAAUAUCACAAGAAUAA